AUGAAUAAGCCUGCAGUUGCUACUGGUAAGACAUUGUUGAAUGGAGUGACACAGAAGAGAGUUACGGUCUCAGUGGACAGUUCUCACUCCGCAAGUUUUCUAGGUACCACUAGUCAAAGUGAAGGUAUUGAAAUUUUUAGGAUUUUUGAGGAGCAACUAAAAUUGUCUGCUUCUGUUAUUAAAGAGUUUGAAAAUGAUGAAAUUGACGGUAAAGUGAAUAUUCAUGAUAAUGAUUAUGAUAGUACACAUCUGUCUUUGGUUGAUCAUGAUGAGAUGAGGGAUAUGCCUACUACUGCUGAGUUGAACAGAGGUUCUGCACAACUUGAACGUGAAGCAGAAUUAAAUGCAGAUGCAGUUGCAGAAGGUAGGGAUACUUGUGAGACCGUCAGUGUGAUUGAUCAGCGUGUAGCCCACCUAUCAUCAGAUGUUAGGGUUAAACUGGAGCUAAUAGUAAAAGACAGUAGUGGUGGUAAUCUUGCAGUUAGACAACUUCCUGAAAGCCGAACAACAACAGCUUCUCAUCCACCGCUGAGUUCAUCAAUUGGUAUCAAUCAGUCGUCAUUGUUGUUGUCAUCCACGUUGAAAAAGACGCCCAUCAACUCAACUAUCUUCUGCAAUGACUAG